AUGAGUCUCACCAUAAGUGGUUUACUUGUAUUAUGUUCUAUCGCGAUUGUGGGCAGCAACUGGAUCUUUCCGGAUGCGGUGCAGUUUAAUCUAAGUGCAGCGCUGAACAAAAACUGUGGCCAAUCUCCAUAUACCGAUCGUUUCAAACCAGAAGAUGGAAGGGUUUUCGAAAACCCUUGGUUGGUAUUGUUUCGUCAUCCCGAGGAACAGGAAUGGUUAUGUCAAGGAACUCUGGUAACCGAUCGCCAUAUCUUGACAACAGCCAUCUGCUCGGAAGCAAUCGUUGCUAAUGAAACGAUCAUUAUUCUUGGAGGAUACAAUCAAAAAGACGACACGAAUUGUGGGUCGGAUGAUGCUUGCAGUGAAGGAUCGAUAAUCGAACGGCUUCCCCGUAACAUAAUUGUUCAUCCGGAAUUCCAGAACGAAACGUAUCAGAACGAUAUCGCACUGGUAACCCUGAACAGACCGAUCAAGUACAGCAACAAUGUGAUGCCCGUCUGUUUGCCCUUAACACCAAUCAUCCCAUCGCUGAUCCAUGCACCGAUCGCAUACAACACGUUACGGACAGAUCACAGAGUACCAAAGCAGAUACAGAUGAAGUACAUAUCGCAGGACAAGUGCCAGGACCGUUUGAGAGAUCUACUGCUGUUGCAAGAGGGACAAAUUUGCGCCCAAUAUGCGAAACCCAUCGAUGUUCGGAUUAGCAGCGGUUCUGGGUCACCGCUUGUCAUCGAACAUCACGAUCGCACGUUUCAAUUUGGAAUUCUUUCAAUCGGUCUUCCCGAUGCUACCUACUUAGAGCCUUACGUGUAUGUGAACAUUUCUACACACAUCAAGUGGAUCCACGACACUUUGGUAGAUGAAUUGAAAUAA